AUUUAAGAAAUGUUUCUAAAUCAAAUGAUACAGCCUAUUUCAUAACUGCAUUGUUUAACGAGUGAUUCUUCACCAUCCAUCCAUCCUCAUUUCCAUUUAGUAUGAUUUUAGUAUUUGGUUUCUGAAGUCAGUGAACCUUGUCUUAGAUGACAUACUGUUAUCUAAAUAUUCUACUGAUCUGUUUUUACUGAUCUGCUCUUCCAGCAAUAAGGAAGUAGACCUAACCUAAACCCUAUUAGUUCCUCUCCUGUUGUAAAGCGGGGACAUCUCCACUCCAAAGGGUUCCUUCCUGUCCUGGGGGUGUGUCCCUCCUGAAUGGAAUGGGGCCUCUGCGAAUGAGAAGGCAGACAUCGUCUGUCUUUUAAUGAGAGGUUCUGGAAUCCUUUUUAUGUAGAAUUCUAGACUCCCCCAGUCUCUCCAGAUGUACACGGCCUAAUAGCCUUUUAUGGCGGUUAGGAAUCUUUAUAGCUGGAGCAAGCUCAAUGGGAUUCACACACAGUAUGAGAUAGAGGGAGAAGGCUGGAGUGUUGAUGGGUAGCUGGGGAUAGACUUUGAGAUUUGUAGUAGUGCUAAACCUAAACCAGACUUGUUUUGAAGCACAUAGAGAUGUUGACCGAAAAAGAAGAUUUCUUCAGACUUUUAUGUCAUGUGGAUUUAAUUGGGACUUCACUGGUUACCUGGAUGUCUUCUCACGUUGACCUCUUCGUUGAUUGGCUGGUUUUAUCCUGAGAAUGUAAGGUAUCUGCUGAACAGGAAUGAUCCAGGCCUUUGGACCACGCAGGCGUAUGAAGAUCAAAGGGAGGAGUGACGAGGCUAUAGCUGCCAUACUUUCUUUCUUCUUUUUUUAAAUUUUUUUUUAGAUAGCUCAUUACGAAAAUACGUCUUUCCUCCGUGCCCAGUAAACCACACAGAUUAGCUUGGAUUCUUUACACUGACAUUGACGCUACGGUUUUUGUCAAUUUGGCAGAGUGCGGUCACAAUUAUUUCAAUAACCCUGAGUUUGCCGGGUGAGGCAACAACUACUUUAGUUCACAGUAAAGAAGUUACCGGCAAAGCCUGUGCUAGUCAGUGCAGAGCUGUUUAAGAGGAAGGCCUACGGGUUUGUCCUAGCGUGAGGAGGAGCCCGGUUUCGCCGUUGGGGUGUCGAGACGGAGACGAGCUCCGACUAGGCUGAGCCGGAGUUGCCCUUCUUUAGGGGCGGGGCGGAUAAAGAGAUGAGGGGUGGCGAUUAGGAAUUCACUGUUUGAGGAUUGCCGGAAGGUAGGUGGGGGCAGUUCCCCUUGCUGCGCUGUAGUGGUCUUGUAGUGGAUGUGGGCUUCAGCUGGGAGCCAGUGGAGCGUUGAGUGGUGCAAGGUGACGUGGGGGAGCUUUGGAUGGCCGGGCUUCAGGCGGGAAGCCGCUUUCUGAAUUGGCUUGUUGCAGGGGUGUCGGACCUGUGCUAUUUCCUGUGUCAGGAAAGGUCAUGCCAAACAGAUGUUGUAGAGGGUCAACCUGAGCAAGUCACUUUUUAUGUUUUCUGAAAUUGUCUGGGCAUUGUCUAGGGUCACUCGUUGGGCAGAGAGGGGAACGUUAGUGCUAACAAAAACCAGCCAACCUGAACAGCGAGGGACGGGGGGGGGGGGGAUCUUUAGACAACCUCCUGACAUUCCUGGGACGAAAAACAUGUUUUUGUUUGUAAGGGUGGAAACUGAAGACUUUGCCCUGUACGCACAGUUCUAGUGUUUUGAAGUGAGUUGGAGUAAAAAAUCUGUAGCAACGUCUGAGGUGACUCUAAGGGCUUCUCCCAGGAGGCACUGCGGAGGUUCGAGCCGAUGCCACUGACCGAUGAGUCGCUUGGAAGCCCUACUGUCACUGCGAAUUGAGCCGUAUUCCCCGGGGAGCAGCGAAGCACAGGCAACGUGGAUUUCCUGGUCUCAUCGCGGUUGAUUGAAUUCCUCGGGCAACCCGCGUGCGUGCAAACUCCUCAGGCAAGGCUCGCUGUGCCCUCAUGCGGCGCACGUGUUGGCCCAGCCCGUUAUCCUGGUGUGUCGGGAGAAAUGAAAGAGAAAAUAAAAGUGUGUCUCUGUGUAACCGCUUAAGGAGUUCAUCAAAGUGUUUGUAGAGGAACCCUGAGAGGUCAUCGCUGGCUGAAGACCCCUGAUCUGGAGCAGCUACCUGGUCCCUUACGGGUCAGAGGUCACCAUGGGCAGAACACCUCAGAAGGAGCCCAAAGAAGAGAGGAAUGAGAAACCCGGCUGUAGUUACCUCUCUACAGGUCCACCCUCUCUGGACAAGUCUAAUGAGCCAUUUAGUUGGGAAGAGUACCUGAAGGAAACGUCAUCUACAGCUGCAUCUCCAAGCUGUUUUCGACAGUCCCGCCUCCCCCCCUCCAACGACUUCAAGGCUGGUAUGAAGCUGGAGGCCCAUGACCCCCGGAACAGCGCGUCUGUCUGCAUCGCCACGGUGAUGGGCAUGAUGGGUACCCGCCUGCGCCUCCGUCUCGACGGGAGUGACAACACCAACGACUUCUGGAGACUGGUGGACUCUGCUGACAUCCAGCCAAUAGGAACGUGCGAGAGGAAAGGGGACAUGCUGCAGCCACCUCUGGGUUUUCGAAUGAACGCGUCCUCGUGGCCGAUGUUCCUCCUGAGAACGCUGAGUGGAGCUGAGAUGGCUCCUGCCACGGCCUUUAAAAAGGAGCCCCCAAAGCCGUCCCAGAACCACUUUAAACCCGGUAUGAAGCUAGAAGCUGUAGAUAAGAAGAAUCCAUACCUGAUAUGUCCUGCAACCAUAGGAGAGGUCAAAGGUGAUGAGAUAUUUGUCAUGUUUGAUGGCUGGAGGGGUGCCUUCGACUACUGGUGCAAGUUCGACUCCAGGGAUAUCUUCCCAGUAGGAUGGUGUGCCCUGACCAGACACAGUAUCCAGCCUCCUGGUAACUUCUUCACCCUGCCGAAGGCCCUCCUCCUCCCAGCUUCCUCUCCCCCCAUCCCCUCCAGACGCUCCAUGCAGUCCCAGUCCUCCUAUCGUCUGCCUCACCCGCUGCCCCCUCUGCCCGUGCGGAAGGGGGUGCGCGGACGACGCCCCAAGCUCCAGACCAUCGCCCUGCUCAAGGCGGCGGCGGAGGCGGCGGCGGCGGCGGCCGCUCUUAGUGGCUCGCCACAAGGCUCCAUCACCAAGACGGGCCCCCAGCUGGCCCCCAGGCCGCACAAGAAGAGAGGGCCCAAGCCGGGCAGCAAGAGGAAGCCCAAAAUCCUGCCCUCCUCGGGGACGGUCUCUGGGUCCACGCUGGCCUCUGAAAACCGCUUGAACAACAUGAAUGGACCAACGGACAGCAGCCUGAACUCUGGCCAAGGAGUUGUAUCCACAGUUUGCGUGUACGUGAACAAGCACGGCGCCUGCGGCCCACACCUGGACAGGAAGCAGCUGCAGCUCCUGCCAGACCACUUCGGGCCCGGGCCGGUGAACGGCGUCCUGCAGCAGGCCGUCCAGUCGUGCGUGGACUGUGCCUUCCAGCCGACCGUCCUCUUCAGCUUCCUGCAGUCCCAGUCGGACGGAGGAGAGAUCAUCAGAGUGCGUAGCGACGGUGGGAUCCACUAUGUCAAGCUGCCCCAGGCCUCAUCGGCCUCCUUCGUCCUGAGGUUCCUGGAGACGCUUUGUCAUCAGCUGCAAAGUGACAACCUGUUCAGCUCACAGCCCUUCAGCCCGGCCUUCAUGGCCUCCACCGGACACACGGCGUAUGACCGGAGCAAGUCAGUCAAAGAGGAGACGUCUGAGGCCAUGUCCAUAGCCAGAAGAACCAUAGGGAGGAGCAGGCGUUUCCAGAGGGACAGGGACUAUACUCCUUACCCAGUCCCCCUCUCCUCUUCCACAGUGCUGCACAGCACAGACCCCCAGCAGGCAGAAGCAGAACCCGUUCCCCGCAGCGAGAAUGGUUUCUCAGAGGACCCCUUGGAUACCUCCUCUACCUCUCCCUCCAUGACCCCACGACCCCAGCCAGUACGCUCCCACGCAGAGUACCGCGGCCAGGGGUCCAGCAGCCCCUACUACCCUGGGUCUGGGCCGCCCAGUCACCCACCCCCACCCCCUCUCAGACGCAUGUCUUCCAACCCCUCAGAGCUGGGGACCAGGGCGCUGCAGAGACGGGUGGAAGGUAGGCCUUCUCCAAGCUCCACCACGGGCCCGGAGCAGCUUGUUGCUGCAGACCGGGAAGCUGCGGCAGGGAAUGGUUCCGGGAACACCCCGUCCACCUGGUCCGUCGACGAGGUGAUGCAGUUUGUUCGUGACGCCGACCCACAAACCCUUGGACCCCAUGUGGAGCUCUUCAGAAAACACGAGAUUGACGGCAAGGCCCUGACGCUUCUGCGGAGUGACAUCAUUAUGAAGUACAUGGGACUGAAGCUAGGCCCCGCCCUCAAACUGUGUCACCACAUCGAGAAGCUCAAACAGACAAAAUAGACACACACACACACACACACACACACACAAUGAUCAUUGCUGUGAAACCCUAAGCACGAGUCCUCACUCAUCCCUCUGCGGAGACCAUCAUACCUCAUCCCCCCUCAGCGUCUGCAUGGGAAGCCUUCGGCUGAACAGUGUUAACCAACAGGAAAGAGCAACAGCACGAACAUCUGUAGACUUGGCUGAAUCCCAAACGGCCGCGUCGAGGGUUGACCUACCCAUGCACCCGUCUUCACCCAACUGUUCCCAGAUCAGUCUGAGAUGCACCAACACGGCCCGUGUCCAGACCAGCGUCUCUAAGGGCCAGAAUGUGGCCUAGUGGUUUGAGUCCCUGAAAUGGCAAGGAUAUGAGAGCCUGAAAAUGAUGAAAGAAAUGAAAAGAUUAGAAUGUAAAUGACUCCUUUUAAUUAUGAUGUGAAUGGAAAAACUGAUCCCCGACCAGCGGUGCAACCAGCAGCUUUAUGGAUAUGCACCCAAAUCUGCCGCAAGGCUACUUUCAUUCCCGGAGACCAGGUGACGACAGGAGACACCAUUACUCAAACCAGGAUUCUCUGCUGCUUGUCGCAUUUGGCUCUCAUCGCAAUAAGAUAUCAAACAAUUCAGUUUCGUCAUGGAUUCUGUGAUCAGUUAUUUAAUAGUUUCAAUAUCAAAGAACUUUAAAAAGGAGAAUGUACGUACCAGGGUCACAAGACCCAUGUUCGUUUUGUCCAGAGAUACAGUGAUGGUCUGAUUGUAUCUGCUGCCAAUUAAGUCAUCUCAAAUGCUACAUCUGUCUGUUCGUAGUGCUCUGUGGAAUACCGAUCAUUCUUUGAAUCACCCAGUGGAAAGUCUGAGCAGGAUGCACCUGACAUUUACACCUUAUUCUGCAGCGUGCAUAUUCUAGAAAAUUGGACCGGAAACUGCUUUAUGCAAAGCAAGUGAAACAUUAUGUACUGAAAAGAAGAUGGCAGAUUUAUUUGUGAAAAAUCAAAGAACAAUGUUUUGUAGAUAAAAAGCCAAAAAUGUUUUAGUUUUUUUUAUAUUUUGUAUUUUGUAUUUUCUGUAUAAUAGGGUAUUGUUUAUCUCUGCAUAAAGAUAGGUUUAAAUUAAUCUAGUGUGCAAAGUGUUUUUGCCCUAACAAUCUCAGAUUUGUAAUUGUUAGUGUUCAUGUUGCUACACCAUCGGACAACUACCUGCUCUAGCCAAGCUGAACAUUUAUUGCAAUAUAUGUUAUUGUGUUCAUCUCAUUUUGUAUCAUUUUGUAUUGUUGGCUGUUGGUUUUCAAGCACCAAAUGCAUAGUCAAUAUUUAUGACAUGUUUCAUGCUCAGGACGUCCAUGUUACCUUGAAAUGAGGAUAUAUGUAAGUCAGGAAUCAGGUAAAAUGGAUAGCUCUUGUCCAAGGUGGAAGUGCAACAUAAUUCACUACAGCUAGUCAAGGAACCAGCAGUAACAACCUGGACCAGAGCUAGGAUACUGGGGAAUUUUACACACAAGCAGAAAAGUUUUUUGGAUGUGAUUCAUGUGUCAUAAGGAUCUUAUAAUGUCUUAUUUUAGUAUUUAUCUUUUCACUGUGGCAGAAGAAGUGAUCAUUUUUCUGAACAUUUCAGAACUAUAUGAAGUCAUAUUCAAAACAAUCUUUUGUAGUUUUUUUGUACAUGGAUGCAUUUUAGUUUGAAUCAAUGGUAAUACUUGAAAACCCUUUGCUAUGUUGUGAUACUCAGGUUUUAAUAGGUUUUUGUGUUGUAGUACAGAGUUUUUCAUAGUAAUGUGGGAUUUAUGUUGUUUGGAUUACUUUGACUAUAUUUUUGAUCAAUUUUGUAUAUAUUUUUUUUGAAGAUUUUACAUUUUCAGCUAUUGUUCCAUAGACAUACACAAAUAUACUGUAAAAAAUAUGUCAACACAAAGUACUGAAAAAUGCUUGUUUGUUAAAUAUUUGCAAAUGUACUUUCACGCAAUUAAACCUUUUUUCACCA